AUGGCCGACUCCAGCGAGCAGAUGCAGGCCAAGAUCGUCGCCGCCAGACGCGAGGCCGAAGUGCUCAAGGACCGCAUCAGACACCGCAGAGAUGACCUCGCCGAUACCACCCUCCGCCAGGUGGCUCAGAACAACACCGACCCCCUCCCGCGAAUCGGUAUGCGCCCGCGCCGCAACCUCAAGGGCCAUCUCGCCAAAAUCUACGCCAUGCACUGGUCCACGGACCGCCGCCAUCUGGUCUCUGCCUCCCAGGACGGUAAACUGAUCAUCUGGGACGCCUACACGACAAACAAGGUGCACGCCAUCCCCCUCCGCUCCUCCUGGGUCAUGACCUGCGCGUACGCUCCCAGCGGCAACUACGUCGCCUGCGGUGGUCUCGACAACAUCUGCUCCAUCUACAACCUCUCGUCCAGAGACGGGCCCACCCGCGUCGCCCGCGAGCUGUCCGGACACUCGGGAUACCUGUCCUGCUGCCGUUUUAUCAACGAUCGCCGCAUCCUCACUUCAUCAGGUGAUAUGACCUGCAUACUGUGGGAUAUCGAGUCCGGAGCCAAGAUCACCGAGUUUGCAGACCAUCUCGGAGACGUCAUGAGCAUCAGCAUCAAUCCUACUUCAAACGACGUUUUCGUCUCGGGUGCCUGCGACAUGUUUGCCAAGUUGUGGGAUAUCCGUGUUGGCAAGGCCGUGCAGACCUUCUCCGGCCACGAGUCUGAUAUCAAUGCCAUCCAGUUCUUCCCGGACGGCAACGCAUUUGGCACGGGCUCAGACGAUACCACCUGCAGGCUAUUCGAUAUCAGAGCCGAUCGAGAGCUGAAUGUGUACCAGAGCGACCAAGUACUCUGUGGAAUCACGUCAGUAGCCUUCUCGGUCUCUGGACGACUGCUCUUUGCUGGAUAUGAUGACUAUGAAUGCAAGGUCUGGGAUGUGCUAAGAGGGGAGAAAGUCGGCUCACUAAGUGGCCAUGAGAACCGCGUCAGUUGUCUAGGCGUUAGUAAUGAUGGAAUAAGCUUAUGCACAGGAUCUUGGGAUUCACUGCUUAAAAUCUGGGCCUGGUGA